CUAAAACCCAGCAGUCUCUCAUAGCGGUGUCUCUGUGUGUCCAAUCUUUCGUUGAAAAAUGUCAGAAAAGAGAGAACUUCCGAUCCUCCGACGAAGGAAGAAUGAUCUCCCACACGACAUCGUACUCAACAUCCUGACAAGGCUGCCUGCCAAAUCACUCAUAAGAUUCAGGUGCGUUUGCAAAACCUGGGACUCCUCAAUCACCAGCUCCUAUUUCAUCUCAACUCACCUCAAUAACUUAGCUCAUGAUCAUGAUAAUGAUAAUGGUGAUGAUGAUGGUGAUGGUUAUAUCAUAUACAUGCCAUGGGGUACAAACUCUUCUAACAGAGCAGUCUGUACGGUCGCUUUCGACCGCACCUUUGAUAGGAUAUCCGAGGUUGAAAUUCCCUUUGAUUUUACUCCUGGGCGUGCCCAAAUAGUCGGUUCCUGCAAUGGGUUAUUGUGUCUUGCUGAUAUUGGAAAACUUACCAUUUCCAAAGAUUUUAUAUAUUUGUGGAACCCCAGCAUUAAAAAAUUCAAGAGGUUGCCUGAUUCUUGCUUAGGACAGUUGGAUUUUGUUACACUCGGAUUUGCAUAUCAUCCGGAGAACAAUGACUACAAGGUUUUGAGGAUUUCGAGCUAUCCUGGGAUGGAACCGCAUCUCGCUGAUGAGAUUGAGGUGUACACAUUAAGUUCGGAUUCAUGGAGAAAGGUUGGAAUGUCAUUGAGAGCCAAUGUUAUGGUAUAUUUUAAUAAUUUUCCUUUGCCAAUCCCAUUGGUUAGUGGAGCUUUGCACUGGAUGGCACGUGUAAUAGAAGACAAGUGCAAGAGUGAUAUGAUUGUGUCAUUUGAUGUCAAUAGUGAGAAAUUUAGACUGUUAGGAAUGCCUGAUGGUUCUAAGAAAAUAGUGAGAUUUCAGACGUGUCUUGCAUCACUCAAGGGGAAACUGGCUUUCCUUACAAUUGGACAAAGUGAACAUGACUACCACUGCUUCAUGUGGGUGAUGAGGGAGUAUGGUGUGCUUGAGUCUUGGAAUAAACUUUUUGUUGUACCACUUGAGAGAUUAUCUGCUUGCAUUGGCUUCACCAUCUACUUUCACGGAGAGCCUUGCUUUACUUGAUGGAGCAAACGUGGUGUCUUACUAAGCAGAUGGUGGCAUGCAUAUUAGAAGUGAAGUCAGUGGUAUGGAUGAAGUGAAACCCUUCCCUUGUUAUUCCUUUUCCUUUAGCAGUAGGCAUGAUAGUAUCGCUAAAAUCUUGAUUUUUAUCCUUUUGUGGCUAUUAUCUAGUAGUAUAUGAUAUUUCUCUGUGGAUGUUUGUGGUGCACAAGCCUAGAUUUGGCAAUGUCAACAGAAAACAAUACUUGGCCAACGUAAUCCUUA